UGCUCCCAUCACCACAAAGCAAAACCCCAAAGAAAGACACCCACCUAUUUAUCUCGCGCUCCGCUCCUCUCCACACUACCGCGAAUUGCCAAUGAUAGUGAUACUUGCACAGCCCAUCCUUCUCGGAGCGAUCUGUCGAUGGCCGAGGCCAAGCGCAUGCACGAGCAGACCACCGGGUGCCUCCCCGUCGACCAGUCCUGCUUCGCGCUCUCCCGGCUGUCCAGCGCGUACCGUGCCACCCGCAACAACGACCCGGCCUGCUGCUCCACAACGUCCUACCUUGAGGUCCUCGGCAUCUCAUUCGCGACGCUGCUCAUCAUCCUCUUCGUGCUCUGCAUGAUACGCUGCUACCUCAUGCGGCGGGCCGUGAACCGGGUCACGGUGGGGGCCGCAACGUCGACAGGCGCGGGGGCGACCGUGGUGGUCAAGAAGCGGCCCACCGGCCUCAGCGAGGACGCCAUCGCCGCGCUGCCCAAGUUCGAGUACCGACACACGGCCGACGAGAGCGACCGGUGGGAGUGCUCGAUAUGCCUCUGCACCAUGGCCGACGGCGAGGUGGCCAGGCAACUUCCUAGAUGCAUGCACCUCUUCCACAGGGCGUGCGUCGACAUGUGGCUCACGGCGCACACCACAUGCCCGGUGUGCCGAGCCGAGGUGGUCAAGCCGACGGACAACGACGAGAGGUGCCCGAAGACGCCGGCGGCCGAGGCCGGCCCAUCAGUGCCGCCUAGGUUGGAGGAUGGCCAGAGGGAUUUGGAGGCGCAAUUAUAGCGUGAGAGGCGCAUGCGUUUGCUCCCCUGGUUGUGUAGGUGUAAUUUUUCUAUUUCGGCGCCC